AUGUUCAAGUAUCGGAUCCGGAUGUUUUUCAAUGAACUCAAAGUGUUGCUACUGAUGCGCUCAGGAACAAGCAGGAGGACUGAACCAAGCACAAACCAGGACGCACAGACCAGGAUGAGAGGGUUGGCAAUAGGAGACUGUGGUUGGCCGCCACUCAGCUGCUCUCACCGGGACGACGAAGAGGAAUAUUACGGCUCUGACCCCCGGCCACACAGCCUGGCAUUUGAGGAUAAAGAACCUAAACCCCAGGGAGGCCUGGACGCCUCUUCCCUUCCGAGUCUCUCAGAGAGCGGGACGCGCUCACCGCAGUGCCGGAUCUGCUUCCAGGGGCCAGAGAAGGGGGAGUUGUUGAGUCCUUGUCGCUGUGCCGGCUCUGUGCGCUGCACCCACCAGUCCUGCCUUAUCCGCUGGAUCAGUGAGAGAGGCUCCUGGAGCUGUGAGAUCUGCUACUUUAAGUACCAGGUCCUGGCCAUCAGCACCAAAAACCCGCUGCAGUGGCAGGCCAUCUCUCUGACCGUGAUUGAGAAAGUGCAGAUUGCAGCCAUCAUCCUGGGCUCUUUGUUCCUUAUCGCCAGUAUCUCCUGGCUGGUGUGGUCUUCCCUCAGUCCCUCAGCCAAAUGGCAGCGCCAGGACCUUCUCUUCCAGAUAUGCUACGGCAUGUAUGGCUUUAUGGACAUAGUUUGUAUAGGCCUUAUAAUCCAUGAAGGAUCGUCUGUUUACCGGAUCUUUAAGCGCUGGCAGGCGGUGAACCAGCAAUGGAAAGUGCUUAAUUAUGAGAAAGCAAAGGACUUAGGUGAUCCCAUCAGUUCCAGCAGUAAAGGUCGUGUCGAGAGGAACUCUUCUAACGUUGUCUCAAACGGACGGAGUGCAGGCCGGGAUGUAAGGACUUUUCUGAACCACCACUGUGGCUACACUAUUUUACACAUCCUCAGCCAGUUAAGACCCAACAACCUACACAGUACCAAUCAUGAGGUGGUCAUGAGGGUGACCACGGUAUGA